AUGAGGUUCUUCAAGACUCCUCGAGGUCGAGUUAGCGUCAAUAUCCUCCGUCUGCCUCCUGGACAGACUGCAUUGGCUAAGUGCCGAAAUACGCACUUCCUAUCAACGCUUCGUCGUAUAUUUCUCAACGGUAAGCUCUUUGCUUCGCGUUUAGCGGAAUCCAUGCGUUUCCAGCUGGUCCUCCUCCAACUUCCCACAAAAUUAGCUGGCGGCAAGAAGGCAAACAUAAACGACCGAUAUGUCGGCACUGUUCUGAAACGCAAAUAUGGGAUCGCGGAUACAGAAUAA